AUGGGUAGGCGUAAGAGGCUAUGCAUCACCUCAAUUGAUAUCCCUAUUGACAGUCAUCCACAAACUAUUGAAAGAGUCCAAUCCACUGCUGAAGAACACAGCUCUACUGAAGGAGGUCAAUCAGGUGCUCAAAAGAAGGUAAGGGGUUAUACUCAAACGACCAAGACAUGGAACAUGAGUAGCUCCCAAAAAAUAGUAGUGACAUUUAAUAGGUUUCGAAAACUGGUAGGAGAUGAAGAAAAUGAACUCAUACAAUACCUUGGGACCCUUGUAAGGAUGGAUAAUCAUGUCGGAAUAGAUUAUGAUGAUUGGAGGAAGAUCCCUGUACAGAAGAAAGAAGAUAUGUAUUCUAUGGUUAAGGCCAAGUUUGUUAUUCAUCCGGCUGAAACAAGUGAAAUCAAGAAAUGGAUCCUUUUUAGCAUGGGGAAAAAAUCGAGGACUUGGAAAGGUUUACUAAAAGCACGUGCAUAUGAUUCAAUUCUUACAAUCGAUCAAAUUGUGGCACAACAAACUAAGAAGGAUAACAGGGUGAACCCAACUCAAUUUAAAAAACUUGUUACUCGUUGGUUUACUCCAUAA